ACGUUCGGUUUGACCAACAUGCUGCAGUGCAAGCUCGGCUAUAUCUUGUCUGAACGCGCGCGCUGAGCUCAGCCCACACCUUUGCCCCGGUUGACCUCUUCCCUGCGCUGGGGAAGAAGCAGCUGGGUUGGUGGUGUAAGGUUCGGCGAACAUAUACACCAAGGCCGUGGCCGUCGUCUUCCCGUCUAGUUUGCCUUGCGACUUUUUGCGAGAGAGAAGAGGAGAGAGAGGAGAGGUUCUAGCGAGAGAGAAAGCGCGCGUGCGGCUGCGGACAAAGAGAGCGGCGGCGCUCUACUUGCUCCGACGUACGUGCUCCCAGGCGAGGCUGCGGACAGUCAGCUAGAAGGCCGGCGGCGGUCUUCACCGUGGAUACAAUGGACGCCGCGACGCGGCGGCGGGUGCUGCUGCUCCUGCUGGUGGUGGCCAGCAGCGUGCCGGCGGGGCUCUGCCUGACCAACGCGCAGGAUGCUUCGGCGCUCCGGGCGGUGAUGAGCCAGUGGAGCAACUACCCGUCGACCUGGACGACGUCCGGCGACCCCUGCGACGGAAGCUGGGACGGGAUCCAGUGCAGCAACAACGGGAGGAUCACGUCGCUGAGGAUAUCCAGCCUCAGCGUUCAGGGCACGCUGAGCAGCAGCGUCGGACAGCUCAGCGAGCUCAUCUUCCUGGAUCUUUCCUUCAACACUGGUCUCAGCGGUCCGUUGCCUACUUCGAUCGGGAACCUUGUGAAGCUCACGACACUGAUCGUGGCUGGUUGCAGCUUCAGUGGAAGCAUUCCGAAAGAACUAGGCAACCUGCAGAAGCUGUCUUUCCUUGCACUGAAUUCAAACAAGUUUACGGGCACAAUACCGCCUCAAAUUGGUCUACUCUCAACCCUCCUGUGGCUAGACUUGGCAGAUAAUCUGCUCACAGGAUCUGUGCCUAUCUCAGAUGGAAAGACAGGGGGCACUCCUGGCCUUGACAUGCUUAGCAUCACAGAGCACUUUCAUUUCAACAAGAACCAGCUAUCUGGAUCGCUUACAGGUCUCUUCAACUCUAAUAUGUCUCUCAUACACAUAUUGUUCGAUAGCAAUCAGUUCACAGGCCCAAUUCCGCCUGAGGUUGGAAGCAUUGUCAAGCUCAAAGUACUUCGAUUGGACAGGAACGGGUUGGCGGGACCAGUUCCUAACAUGACCAACUUGGUCAAUCUAAAUGAGCUGAACUUGGCAAACAACAAGCUAACAGGAUCACUACCAGAUCUCAGCAGCAUGAACCUGUUAAAUGUUGUGGAUUUGAGCAACAACACAUUUAAUUCUUCGGAAUCCCCAAACUGGUUCACAACUCUAACAAGUCUUACUUCAGUAACGGUAUCUAAUGGAGGACUCACUGGUGACGUUCCCAAUGCACUCUUCGCAUUGCCCCAGCUGCAGGAAGUUGUACUGAGCAAAAACCAGCUCAGCGGGAAACUUGAUAUGUCAGGCAACAUCAGCCAAAAGCUGCAAUCUGUUGAUCUCAGUACAAACAACAUAGGGUCUACCGAGGGCACCCAAAACUACAAAAAGGAACUUGUGCUUGUCAACAAUCCGGCGUGCCUCGAUGAUUCUAUAUCCACUGGCCCGUUCUGCAUCAUCCAGCCACGGAACGUGAUACCAUACAGAACUAGCAUGAACAGAUGUGCCUCCGCAAAUUCGUGCCCUAGUAAUCAGAAUCAGAACCCCAUAACCUGUGGCUGCGCCUAUGCGUACAGUGGCAAGAUGGUCUUCAGAGCUCCGCUUUUCAAGGAUGUGACGGACAAUGAUGCGUUUCAGCAAUUGGAAACGAGCAUCUCAAAGGAUUCCAACAUGCGUGUCAGUGCAGUUUAUCUGUACGAUGUCCACUUCAACAACGACAGCUACCUCCAAGUUCAACUGGAGCUAUUCCCGCCGUCUGGGACAACCUUCAACAAGAGUCAAGUGAGCUUCAUCGGGUCUCUUUUCAGCAACCAGAUCUACAAGCCACCGUCAAAGUUUGGGCCUUAUUUCUUCAUUGGAGAUAAAUAUCUCCCCUUUUCAGCUUCUGGUGGCAAAAAUUCAAAGUUCAGUACAGGUGCUGUAGCUGGAAUUGCAGCAGGCGGUGGGGUUCUUGUGAUUGCCCUCAUUUUGGUGGGAUUAUUUGCUUUGCGGCAAAAGAGAAGGAACCGGGAACUAAAAGUACAAGCCAACCCUUUUGCUUCCUGGGGCACUAUGCAGAAAGACAGUGGAGGAGCUCCACAGCUGAAGGGAGCGAGGUUCUUCUCCUUCGAGGAGCUGAAAAGCUGCACCGAGAAUUUCUCAGAUAGCUAUGAGAUAGGUGCAGGAGGCUAUGGGAAGGUGUACAAGGGAACACUGGUGGAUGGAAUACGGGUGGCGAUAAAGCGGGCGCAGUCCGGGUCGAUGCAGGGCGCGCCGGAGUUCAAGAACGAGAUCGAACUGCUGUCCCGGGUUCACCACAGGAACCUGGUGAGCCUGAUCGGCUUCUGCUUUGAGCAAGGGGAGCAGAUGCUGGUGUACGAGUUUGUCGCCGGUGGGACGUUGAGAGAGAACCUUGUUGUGAGAGGGUCUUACCUUGAUUGGAAGAAGAGGCUGAGGAUCACUCUCGGCUCGGCGAGGGGGCUGGCGUACCUACAUGAGCUCGCCGAUCCGCCGAUCAUCCACCGGGACAUCAAGUCCACCAAUAUCCUCCUCGACGAGAACCUCAAGGCGAAGGUCGCCGACUUUGGCCUCUCCAAGCUCCUCGCCGACACCGAGAAGGGCCACGUCUCCACCCAAGUGAAAGGAACACUGGGUUACUUGGAUCCGGAGUACUACAUGACGCAGCAACUGUCGGAGAAGAGCGACGUGUACAGCUUCGGCGUGGUGAUGCUGGAGAUGGUGAGCGGGAGACAGCCGAUCGAGAAGGGGAAGUACAUCGUGCGGGAGGUGAGGCAGGUCCUCGACCCGGCCGACCGCGAGUACUAUGGCCUGCGCGCCAUCGUCGACCCGGCGAUCCGGGACGCCGCUCGGACCGCCGGGUUCAGGCGGUACGUGCAGCUGGCGAUGCAGUGCGUGGACGAGGCCGCGGCGGCGCGGCCGGCCAUGGGCACCGUGGUGAAGGAGGUGGAGGCCAUGCUGCUGAACGAACCCGACGGGGACGGGACCAACUCGGCCGGGUCGUCGGCCACCGAGUUCGUCGGCGCCGGCCGGGGUCCGCCCUCGCACCCCUACAGCGACGUGGAGAUCACCGGGUCGUCCUACGCCGGCGGGGAGGGCGCGUCGGAUUACAUGCCCUACUUCGAGGUCAAGCCCAAAUAGGAUUUGUACAUUCAUUUUUCGAUUUGAUUCAAUGGUUCUUUCUUUUUUUCUCCCUCUCUUUCUCCCCCCUUUCAGCUUGUGAUCGAUGAUGAAUUGUACAUUAAUUUUGUAUAUCGUGUUGCUGUGAUGAAUCGUAAAUACUGGAUUCUUGGACAA